AUGGGACAAAAAACCAGUAAACAUCAAAAAGAUUUAACUUCUUUGUCAGAUGACGAUGUUGAACGAUUAACAAAAAAUACAACGUAUACAAAACAACAAAUUCAAGAUUGGCAUAAAGGAUUUCUUCAUGAUUGUCCUAAUGGCAAACUUGAUAAAAAGAAAUUCUUAGAAGUGUAUAAGAAAUUUUAUCCUGAAGGUAAAGCUGAAAGAUUUUGUUCACAAGUUUUUAAAGCUUUUGAUUCGGAUGAUAAUGGUUAUAUUGAUUUUCUUGAAUUUAUUAUUGCUGUGAAUAUAACAUCUCAUGGUGACGUCAGAGAAAAACUUCGAGUCGCUUUUGAUAUAUUUAGUUCUUUUUUCCAUAAUAAUACUACAAUGGGUCACAAAGAAAGUAAAACUGUUGGUGUUGAAUUAGACGAUGAAACAAUUGAUCGUCUUACAAAAAAUACAAACUAUACACCUGAACAAAUUCGUCAAUGGCAUCAAGCAUUUUUACGUGAUUGUCCAAAUGGAAAAUUGUCACCAAGACAAUUUACAGAAGUGUAUAAAAAAUUUUAUCCAGAACAUGAAGCUGAAAAAUAUAGUCUACAAGUAUUUCGUACAUUCGAUAUGGAUAAUAAUGGUUAUAUUGAUUUUGUUGAAUUUUUACUUGCUGUAAACAUUAAUUCAAAUGGUGAUGUACGAGAUAAACUGGGUCUUGCCUUUGAUAUCUAUGAUAUUAAUGCCAAUGGACAAAUCGACAAGAAAGAGAUGACGAAAGUGAUUACGGCUAUUUAUGAACUUUUAGGUGAAGAAAAUCGUAAAGGUGACAACGCACCAGAAAAUCGUGUGAAGAAUAUAAUGGAAAAAUUAGAUCUUAAUGAUGACAAAAAUAUCUCUCGUGAUGAAUUUGUUGAAGGUUGUCUUAAAGAUGAAGUACUUCGACAGUUAUUAGCACCUAAUGUUUAA